AUAUUGAAUCAUAAAAAAGAAAGACCAUAACGUCUAGUAACACAACAAUACCUGUGUUGAAUAACAGAUAAAAUUAAAGAAAUUGUCUUUUGUGUUCAGUACUACACGAAUAACUUAUUAUAAUAAACGUUCAAGAAAACAGGUGAAAUGUCUGACAACAGUGAGAUUUUGGUUGUAAUACCUGAUGAAGAUCUACCAGAAUUGGCAAGAAUGUAUAAAAAUUGUGAUGAAGCUCCAUACGUUUACACCACGAUCCUAACAGGAAUUCACUGGAAAAGCUGGGAAUGCCAACGUACACGUUUACUUCUCCUAAUAAUUGCUGGAGGGAAGAUGGAACUGUUUUUAUAUUUAUAGAGUUCAACUUAAUUGAUUUACAUAUUUAUACUUUAAGUAACAACUAUGAUAAUAUUUAUAAAGGCCUCAAAAGUACCAACAGAAUUAAAAGUGGUACCAAAAUUAAUUUCUAUUCAAUACACAACUCUAUUGCACCCACUGUAAGGAAAUUUAUUAAAGAAACAAAUAAAACAGUACCAUCAGAUGUAACUUGUAGUACCUAUGUCUUGUCUAUAGACAAAGCCUUAAAGUUGGACACAAGUUGCCCACCAGAAACGUACGUUGACAGACUGAAAGUUGAUAACACGUCUCAAAUAAACGAUACUUGGCCCUUUAAUUACCCAAACUCCGACAGGUAUGUCCUGGAAACAAUUCAAAACAACGAUUGCUUUGGUUUAUAUCUGAAGGAAUCUGGUGAAUUGGUUGCUUGGGCUCUGACCCACCACAUGGGCAUUCUGGGUCUUCUUUACACCGAAGAAAACCAUAGGAAAAAGGGGUAUGGCUCAAUCAUCACCAAGUUUUUAAGCAAAGAGAUGGCAGGAAAUGGAGUGAGACCCAUUGGAAAUGUGGUUGUGGGAAAUAGAGCCUCCGAGAUCAUGUUUGAAAGGAUGGGCUUUAAAAAUAUUGGGACUUGUGAUUACAUUAAAGUAAUAUUUUAAAUCCUUGCACACAUAUUUAAUUGUUUAUUGAUUAAUGAAUAAAUGACUCACAUAUUUAA